ACAUAGAAUUUUAUUCGAGUGGCAAGACAAUGUUCUAAACUAAAACUAAACACUCUUCACCCGUGUUCAUCGUCGGGCAUCAAGCAAUUCAGCAUAAACACACACAAUGUUAAGCAACAGCGUAUCAAUCUCAAUGUCGGACGACGACUCCAACGAAACAAACCGGAUCCGCCCAAGUCGAACCCGUAGAAAGCGGAAGAAACCGGGUCACCGAACCACCUUCGGAGAGCUUCCACGCUACUUCCUCAGGCUUCUCCUUAGAUACUGGAUCCUCUUGGUUCUCCUCCUAGCCCUCGGUUUGCUACUCUUCGAAUCAACCAGGAUCGGAACCAAAUCUGCAAAUUCAGACCACAGCCAGCUGAAAAAACACAAUCCAGAUUCGAGCGGAAACAAGAAAAACGAAGGAAACUUGAAUCGAUUGGAUCCCACCACGAAAGUUAUCGGUGGUGUUAGGCAACGUUGUUUAAAGCUUCUACCUCCUGAAGAGCUAGAGCAUCUUGAUAUCUUAGAGCGUAUAGACUCAACCUCUCCGGUUAAGAAACUUGUGUACCUAACCGGUACAGAUUCAUCAAGCUCUCCGGUUCGUGGGAAUGGGACGCGUUUUAAUUUAUUUACUGGGAACCAGAGUUUUGCUGAGAGAGAGACUAGUUUUCAGGUGAGUGAGACAGUUUCAGUGCAUUGUGGGUUUUUCAAUGAGAAUGGUGGGUUUAGAAUUGAGGAUGAGGAUAAGAAGUUUAUGCGAAGUUGUCAAGUUGUGGUAUCCACGUGUGCCUUUGGUGGUGGAGAUAACCUUUACCAACCUAUUGGAAUGUCUAACGCAUCAACUCAAAAGGUAUGCUACGUUGCGUUUUGGGAUGAUGUUACACUCGCAACACAGGAAGCAGAGGGUCAUAAGAUUGGCGAGAAUGGUUACAUUGGUAAAUGGCGAGUUGUGGUCGUAAAGGAUCUGCCUUUUAUGGACCAAAGGCUCAAUGGAAAAAUCCCAAAGAUGUUGUCUCAUCGCCUUUUCCCGGAGGCUAAGUACUCGAUUUGGGUAGACUCCAAGUCCCAGUUUAGAAGGGAUCCACUGGGCGUGUUAGAUGCUCUUCUUUGGAGAACAAACUCGGUGCUCGCCAUUUCAGAGCAUGGAGCUCGAGGUAGUGUAUAUGACGAGGCGAAAGCUGUCGUCAGGAAACACAAAGCUACACCCGAAGAAGUCCAAGUGCAGAUCAAUCAGUACCGGCGUGACAAGUUACCAGAAGAUAAAAGAUUCAACGGGAAAAAAGCUUUGUCUGAAGCCUCUGUGAUUGUGAGGGAACACACACCACUGACGAACCUUUUCAUGUGCCUCUGGUUCAAUGAAGUGGUACGCUACACGUCGCGUGAUCAGUUGAGUUUCCCGUACGUGUUUUGGCGAUUGAGAGUUCUGAAGAACGUCAAUAUGUUCCCUGUGUGUACACGUAAAGAUCUCGUCAACAGCAUGGGUCAUGUACGCAAGGCAAAACCGUUAGAGUUUAGUCUAUAAAGUUUUCUCUUAACUUUCCAAUUUAAAUUUUUAUAUAAUCAUUUUGUGUGUUAGCUAGUCUAGUGGAUACAUAGAAACUGAACCGGUAUUUAUCAGAACUGAAAGCGAGCUACAGUUUAAUUUCGGCAAUUUAAAGUUGGUGUGGUAUGCUUGCUUCAAUGGAAACUCGUUCAACAUAUGAUAGUAAAGACUCCCUUCGGGCGAGAGUAUCUCGUUGAAUAUAAUAAUAAGUCUCUUUGAACCUGGA